AUGCCGACGCCACAAGUACAUAGCGCGGCAGCGCGCAGCAACCCUCGAAGGCGACAACGCAAUGCGUCUGAAGAUUCGGUCGCCAUCCGCCAGCCUGUGAAGAGAAGGAAGCGGUCAGCCUUGACAAAGGAGACUUUUGCAGAAACUUCAGAGAAGGUCAAUGGAUCCCUGGAGCAUGUUGAGGAUGCACCUCUCCUAAAUGGCUCUGCGCAUGAGCCUAGUAGCAUGCGCAAUAAUAAGAAUGGACCGAGUAAUAAUCUUGCUAUACGACAUGGGCUUUCGAAGAAGUCAGAGAGCCAGUGGCGAUCAGAGAGGUCCGGCAAUGAUAUUGAACUGACGAAGAAUGACAACUACAUCGUUACUCAACUACCUACAACGCCAGACGUGCUUUCUCGUCUCUUGAAAGAAGAACCAUGGCGAGCAGAGCUAUCACCACAGCUUGGCUGUGCCAUUGCCAUGACCCAUGUCUCUGCCUUAAUUUGGCGAUACACUCAGUCUCCAGGAUCAAGUGAACUCAUUGAGCCCAUGCAAAUCCGUCUUCUAGACCCUAUAGCGAGUCCCCAUCAGCCUUUACCAAUGGGCGUGCUUGUUCCUACCUCCGCCGAGCCAGCGCUCCUUGUCCUAAUGCCAACCACAGGCAAAGUGACGUACUGGGAAGCUUUGUCCUAUGCUGCAAAUUCAGAUCUUAGCCGCCAAAGACAGUCGAGUAUUCAAGGUGUUGUUGGGGGCAUGAUGUCUGGAGAACAAAUCGUGGCAGUUACUGAAGCCGAGCCUCGAGGCUUUGUUCUCACUCUGAACACUGGCAGACUUGCCCACCUGGCAAUCAAAGACACGCAAGGAAGGCUUUCGAUUGAAGUGCACUACCUCCGGAGCGCUGCUGCCCAACCGAAGGGCAUUUUUGGCAGCAUUAGAGGGGUGCUAAGUACUGCUGGAUGGAAGAAAGAUCUUGCAGCUGUCAAGGCUGGACGCUCGGUGCGGCGAGGCCAGAGAUAUAUGGUCGUCGCCACAAAUGAGGGUACAUUCCAAGUAUGGGACUUGCACUGGAAUGGCACACACACGCUAGCCUACGAAGUGGACGCAAAAGUCGAUUUGCUAAGAGAGUCUCUUAAGGGCGUCAGAAAUACGCAAGCUCUGCAUGAGUAUCCUUUCAAAGUCCUAGAUUUCUCGCUAUUGCCCCAUGGCUCGCACGGUAGGGACGUUGCAAAGACGUACACGAGCGGAGAUUGUCGGCUUUUGGUGUUGACUGCUUUGAAAGACCCUCAAGUCUCCAAGUAUACUUUAAUCGGCUUGACUCUGGCAGAUGGAAAAGGCACUGUUGAUGUCGUGCAUCAAAUCACUUGCUACACCUCUCAUAUCCCCGCUGACCCCCAAUUCAGGCCUCAAAUCAUGGUACCAGAGCCUGCUCAAACCGCGAUCAUUGCAUUUGAGAAAAGCCUAGUGCUCCUGUCUUUGGUAGAGGUUGACGAAACCCCGAGUUCUCAGCUUCAGAUGGAAGCACAUACCCUUCCUAUUCCAUUUCAAGAUGCGGUUGCAUUCCGACAAGACAAAUCUUGCUACACAAUCGCAUGUGCAGCAGAGGCACUUGAUCGAGAUAGACAGCGAUCGAUCUGUAGUUUCCUGAUUCAUGGCUACGGAAUGAUACGUAUAUCAACUCAACCUACCAAAGCCGGCCAGUCACCAGUUAGCAGAGCCGCCAUCACGGCACAAACCAAGAUCGAACAAGCAGUCUUUUUUGGCAGCCACAACCAAAAUCUCAUUGAUUUUUCACCUCGAUCCGAGACAAGAUUCUCCUCCCUGGAUAUUGAAGCGGCAUCCCUGAAUAUUAGUCAAGCGAUCGCCAACUCCACUACUCCUUACCUCGCAAGAUUAGAACCAAAUAUGCAGCGAUCGCUUACCAAACGCGCUGCAGCACUUGAUAACUUGAUUCGAUAUUUACGUGAACAUCAUUCUCGGUCACUUAGUCCACAAUGCCGAUGGAAACUUCUCUGGACUGCAGAGAAGAUGGCAGCCGCACAAGCGAUCUGGCAAUGGUACAACAACAUUCUAUCUGACCCUCGAACUAAGCAAAGGGAUCUGUUUGCAGAGCUGAUUGAGUCUAUGCCUGAUACUGCUAAGCUAGAGAACCAACCGGACACUGGCGAAAGUGAUGGUGUCCGACAUUGGUUCGUACAUGACGUUUGGCGCCUAGAGUGGAUUAUACCGUAUGCGCACGAGAUUAUAGAAUUGCUAUUCAGAGAAAGUGUGGAAGACAAGACACAGCUGGACAAUCUCACCAAGGCUCACAUGAUAGGCGAUGCAGUUGAUAUUCAGUCAGGUACCAUGGAAGCCGCUUUUCAAUUUAGAGAGCUCAACGCAGACUUGUAUGGCUUUGAUAAGAAUCGUAUAUCUGAUGGCAUUCUUCGUGCUGCGGACGAUUUCGAGAACAUCGAUGAGUUCUGGACUUCGGCCGCGCUUGGAGCAGAUACCCCCUAG